UAGCUGGCUUGACUUUGUAAGCGUGUAGGAGAGGAGGCUUCAGCGUCAUGUGACUCGCGGAGGGGGACGUGGAGGAGGGGCAUUUGAUCUCUCCUCAAUAUAGUCUGUAUCAGUACAGAACACUACACACACACAUACACAAUUGAAGGAGCAGGAUGUUACACUUUCCGCUGACGCUAAUCUCCAUACACUGGACUGUAGCGGUGGAUUCUUAUAUGGAGCACCAUACUGUUACAAAAUUUUAUCACAAAAUUGGGAGGAGUUUUUAAAUUUUUUUUCCAAAGAGGAUAAAAUCUGGAUUAUAUUACACGCUAAAAUCCAGGAUGAGGUGGCCGGCUUCUACGGUCGUUGUCCUGACUCUCUUGGUGACGUCAUGCCGUUGUGUCGAUUACACAUGUCCCGAAGAAUGCACGUGCUACCGCCGUGACACCUCGGACCUUAUUGUCGAUGUCUUCUGUUCCUUAUCAACCGUCCACGAUGACAAUAACUUCGCCCUGUUUCGAACCUCUGUCAACAGCACGCUGCACUUGGAGUGUGACCCUAUCCUACAUUCCAAUCUGAAAAGUCAUAUGUUCCAAGACCUUCAAACAUUUUCGGCGCUCACAUUUGAAAAUUGCAAAUUUGAUCACAUUCCAAAAGAUCUUUUUGCGGGCAUGUUGUCUUUACAAAUACUGACUAUAAUUAAUGCCAGACGAUUAACCUUUGACCCGGAAGCGUUUCUGAGCUGCCCGUCGUUAAAACGUUUGACAGUUGUUGCUUCCGAAGUGUCAGUAGUGCCAAGCCUCUGUGAAAAUAAAGAACUAGUCUAUGUCAAUCUUACCAACAACAAAAUUCGAUCUUUGGCGGAUGCUGGACUUGCCUGUGAAAAUAAUACACUCCGGAGUCUUUCUCGAAUCAUUAUUCCUUUUAAUGAAUUCGAAUAUCUCGGAAAUGAAUUGUCGUCUACAUCGCCAAAUUUAUGGGAGCUUGGAAUCAGUGACAACUACAUCAACAUGGUUCAUCGGGACGCAUUCGUGGCUCUUCGUGAUCUUGGAUGGCUUGACCUUUCUUCCAAUCGCCUUCGGAGACUUCCACCUUAUCUCCUUCGUAAACAGGAAAAUCUACAAAUAAUCGCGUUGAAUGAGAACAACUUAGGUCGAAUUCCAGAAGGUUUCUUUGGCUACUCAACAAAACUCCGAGUGGUAGCAUUAGGAGACUGCAAUAUGGAUGACAGGAUAUGGGCAGAGUUAUGGCCCUUGAGAGAAAUGACAGAAUUGCAACUCCAAAACAAUAACAUUAGCAAAUUAGACAGGGAAUCCCUGCUAAGGUUUGAAAAACUGUUUUAUCUCGAUUUAUCUGGAAACCGAAUACGAUUUUUAAGUGAGCGUUUCUUCGAAAAGCAAUUACAAUUGGAAAAGUUAAAACUUGGGAAAAACAAAAUUGAAUCUUUAGAAAGGUAUGCAUUUGAAGGAUUGUCAUCACUUUUGGAGUUAGACCUUCGGAACAACAACAUUAGCCAGGCUGACAACGAGUCUCUACUUCCGCUUAAGUCUGUUUCACAAUUCAACAUUUCGUUUAACUUCCUGUCAGAGAUACCGUGUCUCAAAAACAUGGAACACAUCAGUCUAAUCGACUUCCGGUUCAACAGGAUAGACACUUUGGAUUUGAAUACGUUCGAAGGACUACCUACUUUGAAGGGUAUCAGCCUCGCUUUCAAUAACUUACGCGUUAUACCACGUGGUGUGUUCAACAAACCGCCAUCUCUCCAGAUUCUAAAUUUAGCAUACAACGACAUCGAUACGAUAGAGGACGACGCCUUCCAUGGUGCUAGUGAGCUUAGAUGGAUGUUUUUACAACAUAAUAAUAUCAGUGACGUCACGUGGGCGUUCAGUUCCCUCCAUUCUCUCCUCCAUCUUGACAUAAGUCACAAUUCCAUCGGCAACUCAAUCAACGGCGAACAAUAUCCAAAAUCUCUCCAGGAAAUCAACUUAGCAAAAAAUCAGAUCACCAGCGUUGCUCAUUACGCUUUUUAUAAUUUUAAGAAUUUAAGAAAAGUUGACAUUCGUUAUAAUCUGAUACAGACGUUGAAAUUGCUAUCAAUUUCAGUAUCGCCGGCUUUGCAGGGUACUCCUCCAACGUUUUACAUCGCCGGCAAUCCGUUUGUAUGUGAUUGUAAACUACAAUGGUUGAGAAAGAAAAUGGACGACAGCAGGCCUUCGUAUGGCCAGCCUAUUAUAUACGAUACGGAUGUGAUAUUGUGUAGGGAGGGUUUUCAAGCCGAACUCAGGUUCCUCUACAAACUUGAACCCUCCAACAUGCUUUGCGACUACCAAGAAGAAUGCCUCAUGUCAAAAUGUCGUUGUUGCGAGUUCGAGGGAUGUGUUUGUAGGUUCGUUUGUCCACAUAGAUGCACGUGCUUCCGAAGUCUAGAUCACAGUACGACGAACUUCGUCAAAUGUUCGCGCGAAAAUCUUACUAGCAUUCCAAUGCACAUUCCAAGUGUGUCCACACAAUUCUGGCUGGAUGGGAAUAACUUCUCAAGUCUCACGAGAUUUGGUUUCCUCGGACUAGAGUUUCUGAGAGUACUUUAUCUAAAUAACAGCGGCAUUGAAUUUAUACAAAACAGAAGCUUCGUUGGAUUGAAAUCAAUUGAAGUGUUAAACUUAAAUGAUAACUCACUGGAAGAGUUGUUGUUCGGAAUGUUUUAUGGAUUAGAGAGCCUUGUAGAACUUAACCUAGAAAACAACCGACUGUCUUUCAUUGAUUAUUCUGUGUUUGAACACACUCCAAAUAUCCAGAGACUUUACCUAGCGAAUAACGAGCUGAAAUUUAUAGUCGACGCAACGCUUUCAAAUCCCAUGUGGCAACAGCUGACUUUGGCGGGAAACCCAUGGUCAUGUGACUGUAACUUCUUGUCAGCAAUGUUAUAUAAUACGAUCACGGUUGUUGAGAAAAUUAUUGACCGGCGGGAUUUGGAAUGUGUAGCAGACGACACCGAUGUUGAAAAUACAUAUGGCUACUUCAACAGUCCAAAUAAACUUAUCAGAUUUAUUGACGUGGAUAUGGAGACUAUGUGUCCAAAUAUGACGUUAGUAUUUAGAAAUAUGACACGUGAAAGCGUAACUCGUGUCCUCAACCGCACGGAUAAUCUCCCUCUAAUUUGUGCUAUCAUUGCCAUAGUUGUUAUCGUUGUAGUCCUGGCGCUAGUGUUUUGGAAUAAGAAUAUUAUCCAGGUCAUCUGUUUUGCAAAAUUCGGAUGUCGAAUGACACAUGAGAAAUCUGAUGUAAACCAAGUAUACGAUGCUUUCAUCUCGUACAGUCAUAAAGACGAGGAUUUCGUGGUACGAGAGCUUGUUCCAAGACUUGAGGAUGUUGAUCAUCGAUUCAAACUUUGUGUUCAUUAUCGAGAUUUCCCUAUCGGAGCUUCCAUAUCGGAAACGAUUGUAAGUAGUGUGGAGUGUAGUCGUAGAACGAUACUUGUCAUGUCUGAAAACUUUCUGAAGAGCGAGUGGUGUCAGUAUGAGUUCCAAACGGCUCAUCAUCGUGUUUUAAAAGACAAGACAAAUCGUCUGAUUGUAAUAUUGCUCAGUGAUGUCGACAUGAAAGACAUGAGUACCGAUCUUAAAUUGUACUUACAGACACGGACGUAUGUCAGAUAUAACGACCCCUGGUUUUGGGAGAAACUGUACUACGCAAUGCCAGAUAUCAAACAUCGGGUAAUUCCUGUAGACAGAAUUCUCGAUAUCAGACCGGAAGUGGGUAUUGGGAAUACUUCUUCCGGUCUUCCGGACGAUGAGGGAUACGAAACUCCGAUAUCGCGUGUGUCAAGUGUCCAUCGCCACACGUGUGACUUUGGUCGCGAGGCUGAAGCCAUUGCAAACUUUAAUAUCUAUGAAGAAAUCCAUCCUAUUGAAAAAUCCGAGAAACAAAUGGCUUAAAUCAUUUAAAUAUAUAUUUGUAUAUGGUCAUAACUGAGCUUUCAUUUCAAAUACAAUUGAUGAAACUCUGCUGAGUUAUAACAAUGAGAAGGGUUUCAUCAACUGCACGUGAAAUGGAAAUGGAUUGAAGAUAUGUUUUAUUCGGAUUACGUGAACAAGUUUUUCCUUACCAUUAUCUUAACUUCAUGGUUAUUAUGUAUAAUGUGACGUCACGAUGUGAUGACGUCAUGUCAAUAUCUUCAAUCGUGAUGUCACAGUUGGUGUCAAUUCAUUAAUUAUUUACAGAUAAUUUGAACAAAGACAUAUUCGUUGGACAUCACGGUGGCGAUGUGAUUAAUCUAUUUAUUUAAUAUUGAAUUUUAUACUUAUCUGUGAUAUAAAUAUAUAUAUAUAUAUUAACUGUCCAACUUUGGCGGCAAAAUGUCAGUUUUAAUGAGAGGAAGUACAGGAUAUUACGCGCUCGAAUAUAAAUAUAUAAGUAAAUAAAUGAAUGAAUAAAUAAAUAACUAACUAGGAAAAAAUUUUGUAACAUUCUGCAGAAAUAUAAAAUUCGGAAAUGUGACCAAGUAAAUUUGGACAAACUGGUGUCUACUUAGGGAAUAUUUGGUGAUAUCGGCACGUAAGGAAAACGAUAUAUCUAGAUUAUUGUGGCUGUCCUUAGAUAUCCAGAUUUACAAUAUUAAAACGUUUUGCGUUUACCAAAUAUGUAGAGAUGGUUUACUUGAACAAUUGGUAUUAUCAAAUAUUCUAAAUUCUAUUUAUGAUAACGGGGUCUCCAGAUUUUUUUAUGGCUGUAUUGAAUAAAGUUAUAAAUGGUCUACACUCCGCUCUAUGAAGUUAGCAAUGUAAUUACGAUGCAAUCAUUUAAAUAUUUCCGUAAUAGAUUUUGUUGUAAUUGAUAAACACGCGAUAAGCGAAUCUCUUUUUAAUAAUUUUCCAAUUAGCUACAUUAAUUGUGAAUUUUAGUUUUAUAUCAGUAUAAACGAAUUUUAUUUCCGCGAAAUGAAGAAUACUCAGUUUCUUUAAUACUCACUAAAGGUGUGCCAGUGUACCUUAAUCGUCAGAUAUAAUGUCACACAUGAUAUCACUAAAGGUGUGCCAGUGUACCUUAAUCGUCAGAUAUAAUGUCACACAUGAUAUCACUAAAGGUGUGCCAGUGUACCUUAAUCGUCAGAUAUAAUGUCACACAUGAUAUCACUAAAGGUGUGCCAGUGUACCUUAAUCGUCAGAUAUAAUGUCACACAUGAUAUCACUAAAGGUGUGCCAGUGUACCUUAAUCGUCAGAUAUAAUGUCACACCUGAUAUCACUAAAGGUGUGCCAGUGUACCUUAAUCGUCAGAUAUAAUGUCACACAUGAUAUCACUAAAGGUGUGCCAGUGUACCUUAAUCGUCAGAUAUAAUGUCACACCUGAUAUCACUAAAGGUGUGCCAGUGUACCUUAAUCGUCAGAUAUAAUGUCACACAUGAUAUCACUAAAGGUGUGCCAGUGUACCUUAAUCGUCAGAUAUAAUGUCACACAUGAUAUCACUAAAGGUGUGCCAGUGUACCUUAAUCGUCAGAUAUAAUGUCACUCUCGUCUGGGGAGAAAAAGUAACAUUCCAACCAAUACAUUUUCAAUCUGCUGAUCAUUAUUUCUAAAUGCAUAUGUAUAUAUCAUAUUUUUCAAACACUGCCAAUUUUCGGAAAUCUUCAGGCAUUUCCGAUAAACACUGACUAGUAUCUACCCCAAAAAGACGCUUGCCGAAAUGUCUGUUCUGUUAAUUUUUUUUGCCGUUGUUUUUAUGUUUAUUUAAUGGCAGUAGUAAAACAAUCAAUAUGUGGACGUUCACGUUAGAUCUCUAAACUUACCUUUCUAUAGAAUAAAAACUGAAGGAGAGUCGUACUGCUUCCACAGGUCCAUUUCAUGAAGUAUUUUUCCGACUCUGAGACGCACGCCCAUUCGCUAAAUAAAAAAUGUAAAGCGAAAGAGAAAAUUAAAACUGGCAUCAUAACAAUUCCAUUUCUGGACUUAAAGCUUGGUGCUUAUCAAGGGAUUCUAUUGAUCCUGGUACACGUCUAAUGAAUGUAUGCCGCUUUAUUAAUUAGUAAGAUUUCCUUCUUGGUAACAUUUUACAUUUUAUUUGCUCGAAGCACGUCAGUGGUUUAUAUUUUUUGCACUAUCCCGUGAAAAUAAAUGUAAAAUAAAUGCAAAUUGGUUCUUCUGUUUGCGGAACAAACGUUUUGGAAAUAUUAUUUUGACUGAAGUGUUGCGUUAGGUCAGCCGUACGCACAUACACAGCAACCACAUGAACCUGAUGACUACAAUUGAUAAAAAAUAAUACCUGACUUUGUUCUGUAAGCCUCCAUCUAGUAAGUAUCAACAGGGAAACUGGAAUUCUUCUAAUGGCUAGAAUUAUAAGAAGGACUCCCAUGUGAUGAUAAAAUACCUUAGUUUUUGGCGCCAAUAGGGCUACAAAACCAUGUUACGCACGUACAAAAUUUACCUGAACGCGCACAACGCUGACUCAAAUGCACGUGGUCUCAGUCAUGCAUGUCACCUGAUCUGGUCAUAUAUCCUAUAAAAAUAUCAUCAUUCAAGUCAUUUUGAACACUGUCUCACUUUUUUCUGAAUCAUACAGUGGAUAUCUACAAUUAUGUGUUGUUUUUGUUGUUUUUAGUUACAUACUAUGCCUUGUGCGUAAACAAAAUCCUUGAGAUUAAAUGUCCAAUGAAUGUUGUAUGGCUUCAGUAAAAUGGGCUACUCUAUUCAUUAUUUAUUGAUAUAAUUUCCGUCGUAGAGGAAUAUUGAUAGCGAGAUCCCUUUUCAUAUUUCUUUUUCUUUUUUUUUUUUUUUUUUUUUUUUUUAUUUUUACGAGACUUGAUCAGUUUGUCUUCAUGGUUUCUUAAUUUCUUAUCAAAGGAAAUCAUACAGGUAUUUAGAUAAUCAACUUUCACUGUAAUUAAGCUAAAAAAAUUGCGAAGAAACAGAGAUAUCAAGCCUAUUCCCCCGACUUCAAUGAUAAUUUCACUCUCUUCUUUUUAAUAAAUCAGCGAAAAUUUUAACUAUCUUUUUUAAGUGUUUUUUUUUUCUGUGACAGGAAUACAAUUUAAUAAACGGAAAUGAAAAGACAGAGAAAUGCUCAAGGAUGAAUUGAUUGGGUGUAUUAUAGAAUUUCCUGAAAGGAUUGAAAAUGUCAUUACAUUUAGUUUGUCAAGUAGAAAUAUUUGUAAUGUAGUUUUGGAAUAUUGCAUACAUUGAAUUAUUCAAACUGUAAUGAAUCUCAAUUAAUGUGGAGAUGAGAUUAAAAUUUUAUACAAUA